AUGGUCGGACAGGAGAGAUGGUGUGUCGUGACAGGGGGAAGGGGCUUUGCUGCACGGCAUCUGGUGGAAAUGCUCAUCCGUUAUGAGAUGUUCUCAAUUCGUAUUGCUGACUUGGGCCCCUCUAUCAAGCUAGAUCCUGACGAGGAGAAGGGAACACUGGGCAAUGCUAUACGGUCCGGCCGAGCUCAAUACGUGUCCACCGAUCUUCGAGACAAGUCCCAAGUUCUUAAAGCUUGCCAAGAAGCUGAGGUUGUCUUUCACAUGGCUGCUCCAGAUUCAUCCAUCAACAGCUACGAGCUUCAUCAUUCUGUCAAUGUACAAGGAACCAAGAAUGUAAUUGGUGCUUGUAUUGAGCUAAAAGUUAAGAGACUAAUCUACACAAGCUCUCCUAGUGUGGUCUUUGAUGGAGUUAAUGGAAUAUUCAAUGGGGAGGAAUCGUCACCAUAUCCAGCUAAGCACAAUGAUUCAUAUUCAGCAACUAAAGCUGAAGGAGAGGCACUAGUUAUCAAGUCAAAUGGUACUAAUGGGCUUCUAACAUGCUGCAUUCGUCCGAGCAGCAUUUUUGGUCCCGGUGAUAAGUUACUUGUUCCAUCUUUAGUUGCUGCAGCAAGGGCAGGAAAAUCCAAGUUCAUUAUUGGCGAUGGGAAUAACAUGUACGAUUUCACUUACGUUGAAAAUGUGGCACAUGCCCAUAUAUGUGCUGAAAGAGCUCUAGCAUCAGAAGGGACAGUUGCAGAGAGAGCUGCAGGCCAGGCAUACUUUGUUACAAAUAUGGAGCCAAUAAAGUUUUGGGAGUUUGUUUCACUCAUUCUUGAAGGACUUGGCUAUGAAAGGCCAAGGAUUAAGAUUCCUGCCGUUAUUAUGAUGCCCAUAGGACAUAUGGUGGAGUGGACAUAUAAGCUUUUAGCCCCAUAUGGAAUGAAGGUUCCGCAGUUGACACCCUCAAGAAUCAGACUCCUCUCUUGUAGCAGAACAUUUAAUUGUUCAAAAGCAAAUGAUCGACUUGGCUACUCACCCAUUGUCCCACUUCAGGAGGGUCUUCGGAGAACAAUUGAGUCAUUCUCACACUUGAGGGCUGAACUUCAACGUAAAAAGGAUGGGCCAUCCAAAGCUUACAUAUAUCUUGGAAGUGGGAGGGGUACAUGUGACAAUUUCUUUCUUAUUACUACAUUCUGGUUCUGA